UUUUUAUAGUAAGAGAAUUUUGAAACUAUCAAAAAUGUCGUCUAAUGAGUGUCGAGAUUUUGAUUUGUCAUCAUUGAGAAAUUUAAAGUUUGAAAUUGUCGAAAGAUUAAAUUACCAUCGAAAUCAAUUAGAUACUUCUUUAGAUAAUUAUCAGUUAAGCUUGACAAGAAAUUUUAAUUUACCUAUUUCUUCGCAUCCUGAAUAUCAACUAGUAAAAGCCAAGUAUGAAGAUUUUGAUAAAGAUAUUAACAAUUUUCGGAAAUACGCAAAUUUGUGGUACGAAAAGGCAGUAGCAGCUGCUGUGGAAAUAAAAUUUAUGAUAAAGACAUUUGAAAAGAUAGCAGCGAAUAAAAAUUAUGGAAAGAAAGGCUUAAAAAAAUACAUCAAGAAUUUCCAUAAAAAAGUUGCUAAGUAUGAUAAUUAUGUUAGGAAGCUUAAUAAUAUAAAAAGUAGUUUGGAAAAGUCGUUUAAAACGGAUGACCAGGGGAAAAAUAGGUUGGAUUCAUUUAUUGAUGAUUUGCAGAUUUAUGAUGAAAAUUCGAAAAGUGAUUCGAGUUCGGAAAGUCAAAGUUCUGCAGGAAGUGACUCAUCAAGUGAACAAUUAUUGGCUCGAAGCGAACAAACUAGUUCAAUUCAGACUGAAUCUGCUGAACGGGAUUUGCGUUCAGAAAUUUCUGCAGAAAGUGAACAAUUAUUAUUUCAAAGCGUACAAACUAGUUCAAUUCAAACUGAAUCUGCUGAACGGGAUUCGCGUUCGGAAAAUGGAAGUUCUGUAGAAAGUAACCAAUCUAAUGAACAAUUAUUAUUUCAAAGCGUACAAAAUAGACCAAUUCGGACUGAAGCUGUUGAACAAAUGCAAAUUCUAACUCCAACUGUGUCUUUCGAUGAAAUUAUUUCACGUAUAUUUGAGAAUGAAGAUUCAAGAGAACCAGGUCCGUCUUCAAGAAGACGGAAAACUUUGUCGCCACAAAUUGAAGAAAGCUGCCGAUUUAAACGAGCCCGAUCUGUUUCACUAAAAAGUAUUUUUCUGCUACCAAACGGCUUCAAUAGUACACUUUAUUGGGUGGGCAAUGACUUAGUUAAGAUAAGCAACACCUGUGGGUUUGAUUCGAUAGCCCAAAUUUUCCUGGCUGCUAUAACUGAUGAUCCUUGCUAUGAGGCCAUACUGAAACUAUCUAAAAAUAAUGUAGCCCAAUUCUUACUGAAUUUACAAAAAAAAACUGAUCUAACAGAAGCUGUCCAAUAUCGCGAUUUCUACUUGGUUCAUAAAGAAGAUUCAAAUUUAAAGAAAAAUGAAUUAGGAGUUUGGGAAUUGAACUUAUUCGGAGCUUUAUCCAGAAUUUGGGAUACUUACUACGAUUCGAUGCAAGUCGGUCACUAUCACUUCAAUUGUUCUUGUGUCCCGAUGAAAACAAAACCUAAACAUUUCUUUUCAAUUGUUGACAAAGGUAUUAACGAAACGGAUCCAGAAAUAAGACAAAGAAAAAUUAAUAAUUUUAUAAGUGAUCAAUUGAACGAAUUGAUGCGGACUGAUAAAACUACAUGUCCAAAUUGUCGGUCAAAAAAUUACGGACUGGAGUUGGAAGAUCAAUUGUACAUUGAAAUUAUUAGCUUGAAUUCAAAUUGCACUCUUAAAUUCUUUCAAAGUAGUCUUAAUUUCUUGGAAAAAAAUUUCAGGCUUGCGGGUGUUAUUGAUCAUAAGCCAAAGCAUUUUAUAGCUUAUGUCAGACGAAUUGACGGAAGUUGGCAAAUUUAUGAUGAUAUGAAAAAAACGGUAGCCAAACUAGUCAAUAUUGACUUUAAAAUCCGUCCCGAAACUGCGAUAUAUGUCAGAGAAUGAUUAUCAACAAUUUUACGAUUGCAAAAAAUUAAACAAAUUAAUAAUUUAGUCGAUAAAGCGUUAAAAAGGUAAAAUUUGAAAAAUUAGUUCUUAAUUUUUCUGUAAGAUGGCGCUGCGCACCGGAUAUGAUGAUACGUCACUUUCCCGCCAAAAUU